AUGCAAGCCGCGCCGCAGGACGAUGGCCGCGAGCACGAGAAGCCGUGCCUCAGCGAGUCCCGCGCGGCAGAGCUGGUGGAGCGCCUCUACGGGGUGAGCGUGGCGGGGGUGAGCCCGCUGGCGAGCUACGUCGACCAGAACUACCGUGUGCUGGCGCGCGACGGUCGCCAGUUCGUGCUCAAGGUCACCAACACGCGGGACAGCCAGCGGCCGCACAUGCUCGAGGUGCAGAUGGCCAUGAUGAGUUUCCUGUGGGAGAGGGGCUUCCCCAUGCAGGAGGUGGUGGACAACGUCAGCGGGAAGAUCAUGUCGCUCGAGAGCAUCGACUGCGGCGAAGGAGAGAAGGAGUUCAACGUGCGGCUGCUCACGUACCUGCCCGGCGUGCCGCUGUCCAGGGUGCUGGCGGAUGGCAGCCUGUACUACCAGGUGGGCAAGCUGGCAGCAAGCAUCCACCAAGCCCUGCAGCAGGUACGAGAGCACGAGCGCCUCUUGACAG